GUGUUCCAGUCAUUUUGACGUCCGAGACAAAAGGAAGGAUCCGUAGUUUUCUUUUUUCUCUCUCUUUCUCGCAAAAUUUCUCCGUCGAAUAAACAUCGACAAGAUGCCACUGUCGGAGUUCCGUAAAAAGAAGCUGCUCUACGUUUUCAACACCUUUUUCGAUUUCAAUCAGAGUGGUGCGAUCGACAGAAAGGAUCUAGAUCUCGCUAUACAACGAAUCAAUGAAAACAGAGGUUGGUCUGCCGACAAUCCGAAAGCUCAAAGUAUAAGGGAUACUUUGCUUAAAAUGUGGGAUAACUUGAGGCAAGGAGCUGAUACAGAUCAAGACGGUCAGGUUAGUCGAGACGAAUGGUUUCAACUGUGGGAAGAAUACGCGAAAAAUCCAUCGAAUGCAUCCGAAUGGCAACAGGACUACAUGUCUGUGACGUUCCAAUUGUUCGAUGCAUCUGGUGACAAAUCGAUCGACGAGAACGAAUUCUGUAACGUGUGCAGAUACCACGGUGUCGCAGAGGCCGAGGCCAGGGAGGCCUUCAAAAAAUUAGGAGUCGGACAGGAAAUUACCUGGGAUAAAUUCACCAACCUCUGGAAGCAAUAUUUCUCCUCGGACGAGCCGACCGCAGCCGGAAACUUUAUUUUCGGAAAAACUUCCUUCUAACUCGCUUUGCCCCGCGGAGAGUCGGCGUGCAUAAAUAUAUACAUAUAUAUAUAUUACACUUCCUCGCGUCGCAAUCUACUAUUCAUUCUGCUGAUUUCUCGCGGUCAGUUUAACCGAGCGCCCGGAUAAACGGGGCGAGAUCUUUUUGUUCGACAACGAAUACAAAAUAAAAUGCGAACAUUUUUAAUUUCUUAAAAGCUAUCCGAGCGAAUUUAAUUAUCAUUUGCACAGAGCAAUUUCUCUUUUUCCUUCUAUGCUUUUCUUCUCCUUUCUUUUCUUUUUAUUUCUUCUCUUUUUUUUUUUCUUAUGACGAUUGGAAAUAAUCGUCAACGCGAUCCCAAGCUCAGGAUGAACAAGAAAUGAAUACCAUUUGGUUCGCGCAGCAGCGAGACUCCUUCCGCCGUUUUGCGAAAACGCUCGCGGCAAUUAAAAGUAUAAUCUCAUUGUAUGUUUGUAUCUGUAGCGUAUUUAACUGUAAGA